AUGUCUGAAAAAAUAACUUAUUCUAUACUAGGCUUAGGUGCUGGUUUGCUAAUAGGAUUGCAAGCAAGCAAAUUGCUCAACAAGAAAGCCAAUGAUGAAAUAGAUAUUGAUAAGCUAAAAGAAAAAAAGAAAUAGUAGAAGAUAGAGAUUCAAGAAAGUAAUCAGAAACACUUAAACAACUUUUCUUCUCAAGAAUAUUAAAAUAUGAUGAAGGAAUAAUUAGUCAGAAAUAUUUAAUUUUUUGGUGAAGAAGGAUAAAAAAAAAUAUAGGAUAGUUACAUAAUAAUAUUUGGAGUUGGAGGAGUCGGUUCUCACGUAGCUGCAUCUUUGGCUCGUUCUGGAGUAGCACAUUUAAAAAUAGUUGAUUUUGAUUAAGUAUCUUUAUCUUCCCUUAACAGACAUGCUUUUGCAACUCAUGCAGAUGUUGGACGCUCUAAAUGUGAAUGCGUUAAAGAUUACAUUAAAAGAAUAGUUCCUCAUACUAGAGUUGAUAUAGUUGAAGAUUAUGUUACUAAAAAUAAUGUUGAAACCUUUUUCAAAGACUUAGCCGAAGAUGGUAAAACCAUAAUAAAACCAACUUAUGUGGUUGAUUGCAUUGAUAAUAUCGAUGCUAAGGUAUCUCUUUUAGCAUAUUGUAAAUUAAAUGGCAUUAAGGUAAUUUCAUCUAUGGGAGCUGGAAUGAAGGCUGAUCCCACCAGAAUUCAAAUCAGAGAUAUUUCUGAAACUAAUUAUGAUGACUUAUCAAGAGCAGUUCGUACUAAACUAAAAAAAUAUAAAGUACAUGAUGGGAUUAAAGUAGUUCUUAGCGUUGAGCGUAGUGAGAGAGAAUUAUUACCUUUAAAGGAACACCAAGAAAGCAAUCCAGAUGAAUAUAAAGUAUUUUCAAACUACAGAUUACGUAUUGUUCCUGUUUUAGGAACUAUGCCUGCUUUAGUUGCAUAUUCUUUAAGUUCGUAUGUGCUCUGUGAUUUAGCUGGUUAACUUUACAAGCCCUUCUUAAUCGAUGAAGUGAAACAAGCAAAUUAUGCAAAACUUUUUAAUCAUUUGUAAUAAGAAGCUCGUAAAAUUGGAAUAUCAUAUGAAGAUCUUGAGUUUGAUAUGGAGGAUAUCUAUAUAGUUGCAAGAGAAGUUUAUGAUUGGAAAGAAGUUGUCACUGAUAAAAAGGUUUGUGGAGGAUUAGUAGUACGUUGGAAUCCUGAAUUGCCAUUUAAGCCAGAAAAUUUUGUUUUAUUAAACUAUUAAGAUGCUAAAAAGCAUUGUACUUUCACCAAAUUUACAGAAGUAUAAGAGGCUUAUCCUAAAGAAAUCUUAUAAAAAGUAGAAGAAAAGCAGUAAAUCUACAGAAACUUUAUUUCAAAAAAGCCUAUUUUGUAUAAAUGA